CAAAGUUUGGUGAGCUAGUGCUUUCGAAAAUAUACAAAUAAACCCUUAAACCAUGAAAAUACUAAUGAAUAAACUUUGUAAAUAAUUAGUGAGUAUUAUAAAUGAUUAUUGUGCAGUUUCGCGACAUUCAUAAUCGUUUUCUUUUCCAAUGUUUCGAGUAUUUUGCACUUAUGAAUAGACAUUGUCCGUAUCUUAUGGAGCCAUAUUUAUGAAAUUUAUAUUAAUAAGGCUAUCAAUUACGAUAUUUCCAAUGAGAAAUGGGAUGGCUACACAACAUAUGUUAGGAUUACCCCAUUAUGGAUCCAGUAGGGCCAUGGUAUGCUUCUUAUAACCGCUUAGCGGGGGUACAAGCAGCUGGAACAGGAAGUGGAGAAUUACACCAUCAUCUUGCAACCACUACAGCCACGGGUGCCCCACCAACCACCACAGCCCAACUGCUCCCAGGCGGUUUUUUGUCACCGCCCCCUGUCGGAUAUGAAACAGUAUUCAGCCCCCUUUUUCAUCAUGCUGCAGGUGCAAAACCCGCUGCCCAUUAUGUCUCCCAGGUUACGCAACAAAGGGCACAAGCACUCGCCCAGGCAGCAGCGUCGUCCAAGCAAUCUGGCGAGAGUGAGUUUCAUCCACAAACGCAAGCAUUUUUUGAACAGGGGGCUGCUGGGGCUUGGCAACAGAAUAGCCCUUUUGGUAUAUUGCCACAUGAAAGUGUUGUAGCAACUACAACAGGUAAAAAUUAUGAGAAUUUCAAUGCUCAUUUUGCAGCGGCGCAGACUUUAAACAACCAUAUUAAUUCUCAAAUAGCUAAGGCAGGAACCAACAGGGCUCAAAGCCCACAAGUUUCUUCCACUUCAACGAAAACAAAUGCAUCACAAUCCAAUUCGAGCUCAUUCUUUCAAGUUCCCGUAAGCCUGUCAGAGAAUAGCACCAACAGCAGCAAGUCAUUUCCUCCGCAGCAGGCUACAUCGAAUAUUCAACAAUCAUGUAUCGUUUCUUCACCUUCCACUGCAGUAACGAAAGAGUAUCGAGUACCGCAAGCACCUACUAGGUCAUUCCUAAGUUCGCCCAAUCCAUCACGAACUACUAUAGAAAAAACAUUUGCUUCUCCUCCAAGCAAGCAACAAGUGUCUCCUGUGCAAAUCCAAACAAAAGCUCAGACUAAAAUAUAUUCAGAUAUCGGCAGCCAGCAACAACAGCAGCAACAGCAAGAAAGACAAAGGACUAACGAUGAAAAUCAAAGCCAGUCAUCGCCUAUUAGUUUUUCCAUUAUGGAUGCCCCAGGAAGACUGAGUUAUUCUGGCAGUAAUUCAUCUGGUAAACGUCCAGCUCAAUUUCAACAUAACUACAGGCAUUAUCAGCAGCAACAGGGUACCCCCAAUUCAGAGGAAUUCCAAAGGCCUAAGAGUGGAUCAGACUAUAAUAGUUCAAAUGGGCCCGAUUGUAGUGUCGUUGUACCAAGAAGACCAAGUCCCUUGCAAGCACAUUCCCAGGCAUCACCACUAGGUCAUGCACAAAGCCCGGCAUACCCCAUGUACAAUAGUCCCAUGAAUUCAAUAUCAUCUCCCCAGCAAAGUUCAAGUAAUCAAGUUGCACCUCCUUCGCCUCUAGACGUAUCUGUGCCUCGCCCUAGCUCCCAAACUGGUAAUGUAGCAUAUCCUUCCGUAAUAACGAGAGCUUUAAAUCCAGAGAAAAACUUUCCGGAGCGGUACGAACGUACCAACCACACUAACCAGCAGAACCAGAAUUGCUGGGAUGAGAGGCAGGGUCAACGUAAAUUCCAAAAUAAUCAGUCCAGUUCUCAGUCAAACAAUUAUAAUUCUAGUACCAGUGUCGAGAUGAACAGAGGCGAACAAAACCAACAGAGGGUUGUAAUAGGAGUAGGGGAGCGGCAACAAACUUAUUUCGAAACGAACAGCGGACAUCAGGUCACCUUGCAAGAUCUGUCGAGUUGUAGAGGUGACCCUAUGAGCAUUGUAAAAAAUUUACAACAGCAGCAAAGUUGCCAGGUGCAGCAGAAUGAUAUUAAGACCGAGGUUAAACCGCCAAUUAAAAGGAGAAAGAGCGGCGAGAAACCUAAUGUACCUGAUUUACACAAUUUGCCAAGUCGAAUACCACCCCCAGCUCACAGUUCAGGAACAAAUCAGCCACAACAAAAUGGAGCCUAUUUCGACUUUGACCGAUGGAAUCUUCCUCCUCCAACUUCCAAAAUCUUCACCACACAGACAUUACACCAGCAACAUCAGGGCCUAAUGGUACCACAUCCCCAUGGCCAUCAUCCUCCCCCUCCCUUGCCAUAUUUCGCCCCCUUCCACCUUGCCCCACAUCCACCGUCGGAAUACCCCUCGACAGUUGAAUUGACUCCUCUGUCAAAUUACAAUGAGCAAUCUCCCCAAGCUUCCAAUCAGUAUCAACAACAACCCGAAGACCAUCCGAAGGUUGUCGUACCUAAUAUAGAGGAAGAGCUCAAUUUUUUGUCUCAAGACACGACAAGAACGUCUUCAACGAAUCAUCAACAUACACAUGCUUCCCAGAAUCAAGCGAAACCACCCCAAACACCUUCUGUGCCUCUGGUUAAACCAGAAAAAUCGACAGGUCCAGGCUCUAGCUUCAUGAGCAGCUUCCUAAAGUUCUUACAGGGUGAACGUGACAGUUCACCUCCACCGGCUGUGCGAGGUGGAAGGAAACAAUCCUGGUCAAGAACACCGAGCAAAGUAGAAUCCAAGUCGCCUGAGAGCAAUGGGGUUCAAAGUACACCACCGGUGGCUCCGGCAGUACCCCCUCCACCUGCACCCAUUACACGGCUUUCGCAGGGAGACCCCCAGGAUGACCCUAGGUACUUCCCACUGCCUAAGGAACGAAAGCGUAAUAGUUUCGACAGUUCGGACGAUGGGUUCAGUUCAGACGAUGAUUUCUUCGGCCAUAAGAAACCUCCUCCAGUUCCAAAACCAGAACCGAAAGAGAAAGAGAAGGCAAAACCGAAAGCUAAACCCAGCAAACCGGGGGGUCCAACUGAAAAGAAGAAGGUGAAACAGGAAAAGCCACCCAAACCAGAAAAGGAGAAAAAAACUAAAAGUAAGGAGCCAAAAGUCAAGCAGCAAGCUGAGAGUGUGCCGAGGAGAGAGUCCACCAAAAGAGCAGCUAAGGGGAAAAAUAGUUUGUCGGAAAUAAGCAAAGAUGACGAACCUGAGGAACCUCCAGAAUUUCAAGAUUCUGACUCAGAUCCUGCAUGGACUCCUGCAGCAAAUAAUGAUGAGCAAGAUCUAAUUUUACCUAUUAAGAAGAAUAGAAGAGGUAGGCCAGUAGGUAGUAAAUCGAAGAAAAACCUUAAAAAUCUCAUUACCGCAGCCGCUCAAAGUGCAGGCAUAAAUGAAGGAGACGGUUACACAAGCGAUCAGCAACCUCUUAAAAAAAAGACCCAUAAAAGCAAGCAGAACAAUGCACCCACCCUCGAAGAUAAUAUCGCAGCUUCUUUACAAAACAGUAUUCCACCUGCCAAUGAAGAUAACCCGUUUAAGCCUGGUGAAUUUGUUGUCAUUAAAUCUGAGCUUAAAGAAGAAUGGCCAGCAAUUUGGAGGGUGGAUGGCAAGACGUUGCUGCAGAAAUAUGAACCGUUUGAGCAGAAUGGUGUUACAUUGUACAGGAAUAUUUCGAUGUAUACUUCGUGGACACCAGAAAGUAAAAAACAAUACAUGUCAGUGCCAGUUAAAUAUAAAUCACAGGGUCAACUAGAAACCAUCGUUGAGUUUCUCAAAAAUGAAAUGACCAUAAUAGAUCAAGAUUUCCAGGAACAGUGCAUGAAACAGUUCGAGUCCUACCAAGACAAUUUCGAAGUUUAUAUACAGACUUUAAUAUCGCAGGCUCUUGAUAGUAACUUUCUAAUGGAAAUUUUCCAAGAAAACGACGAUUACUUCCUGUCCAAUGUUCAGACUAUUGACGAUAUAACCGACAGUAAGAAACAGAAGUUGUUUGCUCUCUUGAGGUGGCCCCCCACUGUCCAGGGUGCCGUGUGUACAUGGCCUUGCUUCAACGUAAUGAGGGAGGUUAAUGACGUUGGGGUACAAGUAAAAAAAUGUGCUGCUUGUAGUAGAGCUGGUGUUGUAGUCAGGGUGCUGAUGUACGGGCAGCCGUAUAAUGCUACUACGCUGGAAGGUUGCCAGCCGGAUCCUAAUGCCAUAAAUGAGAAGGAUUUCCUAAUGUGUAGGAUAUGUGCAACUCGUGUAGAACUCUUGAGUAAAGUGACUCAUCAAAAGUAUCUAAUGUAUAUAGAAUGUGCGAAACGUGUUAGUGAAAAACGGACUACUGACCCGACUAAGGAUACAACGUGUAUAUUAAAUGAACUAUUAGCCGAUGAGAAUUGGCUGAAUCAAUUAUUCACUGAAGUGCGAACCUCGUGGGCUGAGAUAGACAGUAUAGAACACAGUCAUAAAAUAAAGAACUCAGUGCGGUUACAGUGAUCAUAAGGUUAAAGAGACAGUUUAAUUUAAAUCAAAAUUGUGUAUAUUUGAUGAGAGUUUAUAUUGAGUAACUAAAGUGUAAUGAAGAUAGAUUAGUAAUCAAUAUGCAUAUAUUGAAUUAAGUACGUAUUUUGUUUUAUAUGGUUAACUACCAUCUCAAGCUGUGCAUUUUUUAUUUUUGUGCUCUAAUGGUUAAAAAAAGUGAUAUUGUAUUAUUGUUAUUAUUUUGUAAAUUUCAGCAUUGGUUAUUUAUAACGAGCACAACACUCAUUAAUAAAAUAUUA